GGUGAUCCAGUAUUUAGGAUAAGUGAUUGAUUUCUGACUCAAUCCAAGAACUCUCUCAGCCAAUUUGGUUCCAGGGUUUGGAGUUGAAGCUGGGACAGUUCCAAGGCCAGAGCUGGGAACUAACUGUGCCCAAUGAAUUCCAUGUUCCUGAAUAUCGGCCAAACAGAUUUAUCAGAGGAUCAACCUAGAGCAAGAACGGCUAGGCCUACUAGAAGCGGUCAUAGGCCCAACCAGAUGCUCAUUCAUUUGGAGUUAGCCAGGUUUUAGCAGAAAGAUUCAUACCGUUCCAUUUUGAGUGACAUCCAAAGUGACAAAUCUUGGCAUGGUAUCUAUCGCCCACAAUCAAGGACCAUAGUACCACUUCUAAUUCCUAUACUGUAGCCUGCUAUUCAAUGUCAUUUCCCAUGCAUAUUUUGUAUGUAUUCUUGUUUGCUUGCUUACAGCUGACAAUUAACAUCGAUUUCCGAUAGCCAUGGAUGGAAGUUCGAAAGGGACAGAUCUAGUAGUUGCAACCAAAGGGAAGCUGUCUUCUUUCUGCAAGGCCGUUUGUGACAAGGCCGGCAGAGACAAAGUGUGCAAUUUCCUUCCUUGGAGUCAUCGAUUCACUACUCCUGAUUGGCUCUCUAAAGAGAAUCAUCUUGGAAUAUGUCCAAGUGACAAAUUCCUCUUGAACGUUUGAUCUGUUGUCUAGUUCUUUGGACCCUUCCACUUCACCUCUUGGCCGCAAUACCAUGCAAAAUAAGCUUCCUCAGGAUGCUGAAGAAACAAGAGCACAACAAAUGCGUGAUAUGGAAGUAUAGGUGAUCACAAGAAAGAGAUGUUUCACUCUUAACAAAUCAGCCAGCAGGAUUUUCAUGCACAAAAUCUGUAAUUUGCUCUUUUUAAAAGAAAUUCUCAUCUUAAAGCACAGUCCUCUUCCUUCCUCAUAUCAAGAAGCAUACUCUCAGACCUCGAUCUUUUUAACUAUGGCCAGGUCGGACCACUCCAUUGGUUCGCCUUCACAUAAUUCUGCAGUGGAUGCAGACGUUAGUUCUGUAAGGUUUGUUCACACAUCGGCAGGGCGGAUUCUGCCAUCUGAUAGCCGGUGGAAUUCCAUAGAACUCAGCUUCAACCUCUUUCCUCAGUCACAAACCAAUGGUUAUGAAUCUAUCCCCUCCAAAUUCUCAAAGUCCUAUGACUAUGAUCUCAUUAUCACCGAUAAGAAACACUUUAAGCGUGUUCUCUACAUCGCCACCUCAAUAGUACUCGUUGUUCUUGCACUUGUUCUGCUGGUUCUCUUUCUCCCGCGGAAGCAUAAGCAUCAUGGGCCCUCGAACAAUCUCACUCUUGCAGUGAACCAGGCACUUGCAUUCUUUGAUGCUCAAAAGUCUGGGUAUUACCCAAAGAACAGUCCGGUGAAAUUUCGAGGAGAUUCUGGAUUGCAAGACGGGAACGCCACGCAGGCUGGCCUUUUAGGUGGUUUUUACGACUCCGGGAACAACAUAAAGUUCAGCUUCCCAACUGCAUACACCGUCACCUUAUUGAGUUGGAGCGUGCUAGAAUAUCACGAAAAGUAUGCUGGUAUUGGCGAGCUAGAUCAUGCGAGAGACAUUAUCAGAUGGGGCAGUAAUUACUUGUUGAAGCUCUUUAUUCCUCCAAAUGUGACUUCGGAUCCCAUCUUGUAUUCUCAGGUUGGAGGUGCUCAGAAUGAUACCGAGGGUGGGGAUAAUGACACAAGUUGCUGGCAAAGACCCGAAGACAUGAGCUAUGUAAGACCCGUUUCAUCUUGUGAUAUUGUGGCGUCGGACUUAGCAGGGGAAGUAGUUGCAGGAUUAUCAGCGGCAUCUUUAGUGUUCAAGGAUGAAAAAAACUAUGCAAUACAAUUAACAGCAGCGGCAGAAACUUUGUUUGAUCUUGCAAUCAAAGAAGAUCCAACAAAACAAGGGACCUACAGCGCGGUUGAUGAGUGCAGAGGGGACGCCAGAGCGUUUUACAAUUCAACAAGCUUCAAAGAUGAUUUGGUGUGGGGAGGGACUUGGUUGUUCCUUGCUACCGGGAAUGCGUCCUAUCUCGAAUACGCUACUCGCAAUUUCAGUUCGGCCCUGCAAGAGGAAAGGGCUGGCGAGAGAGGGGUGUUCUAUUGGAACAACAAGCUCCUCGGCAGCGCGGUAUUGCUUGCGCGAAUUCUCUAUUUCCGCGAUCUUGGCUACCCUUACGAAGAUUCUUUUGCAUCAUCAGCGAACGUGACCGAGUCAGCCCUCUGCUCAUAUCUAUCGGAUCAAAGCUUCAAUAAGACACAGGGUGGAUUGAUACUCUUGAAACCUGAUUCCAGGUCGCCACUGCAAUAUGCAGCGACUGCGGCAUUUCUCAGUAAGCUGUAUAGCGACUACCUCAAUCUUCUCCGGAGGACGGGCGGGGUGUGCCGUGACCAGGUAUUCUCAGUCCAGAUGUUGCAGAGCUUCUCUUCUUCUCAGAUUGAUUAUAUACUGGGAGAUAAUCCAAUGAAAAUGAGCUACAUAGUUGGCUUCGGAGGCCAGUACCCGUUGCAUGUUCAUCACAGGAGCGCAUCGAUCCCGUGGGAUGGUCGGAAGUACUCGUGCAGCGAGGGAGACAGGUGGCUGCACUCCCAGGACCCCAACCCGAAUAUUCUUUUGGGAGCCAUGGUGGGUGGACCGGACCGGUUUGAUCACUUCAUAGAUAAGAGGGACAAACCGUGGUUCACUGAGCCGAGCAUUGCGAGCAACGCAGGUCUGGUCGCGGCACUUAUUGCACAUCACAAUCCUCCUCGCCAUCCCGCGGACUCAAGCGGCAUCAACUUGGGAAUAGAUCAGACGGGGAUUUUCGAAAAAAUCCAUCCGCCUAGUUGACUUCGUUGGGAAUGAUACAGAAUAGCACUAACUUUCAAGAGAAGUCAAAGAUGAAAGAUGGGACUCAUAAACUGGUUCUGACUGAUUGCUGAGAUCAUGCGAAUGUGGUUUGCAUAAAUAAUGAGCUUCAUGUAAGUUAGGUCUUUCAAUCCACCAUGUUAACUUUUGAACUUGGCCCCAAAUGUUAUGGAGAAAUGCCUCUGGAAACUCUGCUGUGUUUCACCAUUUUACAGUUGCCAAAUGGAGCAAAAAUGAAGCAUCAUCUAUGAGGAGU